AUGGGGAAUAAUUGCCUUGGGAGUAAGACGAAAUCGACGGCGGAGAUUGUGCCUCAGGAGUUCAUUAGAGGCUGUAGCGAUUCCACGGCUUCGAAUCCGGUCGUACGGCUUUAUGGCCCUCCGAAUAAUGCUCUUACCUGCUACAUCCGAUUUGCUUUGCUUUACAAGUCUGUGAAACACAGUUUUAUACCUUCUGAGACGACGCAUUUCGGCUCUGAUUCGCCGGCUAUUCGGAUCGGGACCGAGACCGUUUCCGGUUCACGCGAUAGGUUGCUUCGGUACAUAGACAAUAAGUUUCCUCACCCGCCGCUGGCAAUAUCGAGCCGCCGCGUCGACGAUGACGAAACGACGCAGUUGGUUGCGUUGACUGUGGUGUCGCUGCAGCAUAAGAGCGUGUUGUGGCAUUUGGAGAGGAUGUUGAGAUGGGCGAAGGAUCUGGCGAUGAAUGAACAACUUGUUACUACAUCCAAUAAUGCAGGAUUAUGCAAAGCUUCAAACGAAGAGCAUGCAAGGGAUCUACCCAUCAUGAAUGGCAUCAAAGAAGACAUUAAGUCCACUGUUGUUUUAGACGUGGGAAGUUCAGUUUGUCAAGAAGCGCUUUCCAACCUUUCCAAACGGCUCAAGUUACUGCAG